GGCUAAAAUACAAACAAGGCAUUCAUAAGACGCAUUGAAAUUGUGAUAUGUACUAUUCUACACUGGUCACUUGGUGUCAGUAAGGGUACAGUAAUGUUCGGUGAGACGCACAAGCACCAGAUUUGAUCACCGGAACAACAGGCUUUUAUUCCUGUCUUCCACACAUCUGUAACACAUUUAUUGAAACACACAUGAGCAUGAGUUUUAUUUAUGUCUUAAAUGGUUUAUUUUUUUGGAUUCUAUCUACAAUAUUGGGUAUUAUGACUGUAAAGGUGACUAUAGGGGUGUUAUUCAUGUCUAGGGGGCUCUAAUAAUGGUAAAACCCUUAUUUAGAAAGGUCAUAAACAGGAUUGCAAUGCUCUAACUGCAAAAAUAUUCCAUUCAUCAAGAUGGAAUCUGACUCACGGAUAUUCACUUAUCACAGUCGGGUCUGUAGCCAAUUAAUUGUGAUAAACGAGGGAUUACUGUAAUGUGUAGUGGCAAUGUUAUUAUUAACAUCUAUUAUUAGACCUUUUUGCUGUUUUUUUUUCAGAUUCAGAUUCAAACAUGAUGAGAUUUCUCGUUAGGAAAAAAUGCCUCGCAAAAAUAAAUAAAUCACAAGAUAAAUAGAUAAUUUUGUCGGUCUCCACACUGUAUUGCCAUGAGCAUGCGUGUCUGUCCUCCUCGUCUCUCACGUCCAAACAGCCAGGAAGAGGGAUCAUUGGUUUAUUGGUUCAGUGCCUGCACGCUUCAUAUAACAACGGCAAACAGAAUGAGUCAGCCAUACAGUCGCUUUGUCUCUGUGGGGGAGGCGGGUCCAAUAGCAUACACACAACAAAAAAGCUGCACCUCGUGAGGAGCAAUGCAAUGUAACGUAGAAAUUAGGUGGGAAAAAGAUGCUUGCAAAGCCAAAUGCCUGUCAUGUGGGAAUAUUAAUAAUGAGCCCAUCAACACAAACUGACCGAAUCUAUGCGAAAGUGGUAGCAAAAUAAAAGGCAGCAAAACAAACUUGCCCACCAAAAAAUAUAUACACCCGACCCACUUUUCCCAUCUGGGAGAAAAAGUACACAUCGAGAUGCAGAGCCUUUGUUUUGACAGUCAACACUCACGGAGACGUUUGGGCGGCAAAGUAUAUACAAACAAAACAGAGCAAAAUGGUGUGCAAUCACUGAAAGUUAUCGCAAAAGUAAAGCUGCGUUUGCAGCAUUUUAAGAAACGCUGCAAACAUUUGACAGAUAGUACAAAUUGCCUGUGAGAAAAUACAUGUGACCAACGUCAAUUCCACAACUUUACAGUGUGAAAGAUGACAUUUUAAAGGAAAUAUAUCAUUAUUAUGAUAUAUUAUUUAUUAUUAUUAUACAUUUUCAAAACAGUGGUUUAUUUGGUUUCAAAAACUGUUGACAAUAAUAUUGUGUAGCGGCAAUUUGUGGGUCAAUAAACAUUUCAAAAUGCACCCGCAUUGUUUUGUGACACAGUUAAAUAAAAAGUCACAUUUUUUUCAUUGUACUUUUCGAAAAAUCAAUGUUAAAAUCUCAUCUAGCAGUCCAAAUUAUUGAUGGACAUUUGUAAUUAAAUGGACAAAUGCCUGUGCCUUCUGCCUAAAAAGUGAGCAUUUCUGUGUGUGAGACAAAAAACUUAACAUUUUAAUAAGUAGUUGAAAAAGACAAAGUAAUGGUUUGCGUGCUACGUGUCUCAUUGUACAACUUGUGGUAAUUAAGCUCAGGGGGGAAAUUACUGAGAGGAAUAAUGAAAAUAACAACAGCAGCGCCGCAUGUUGGAGUCAGCUGGGGCAAGUUUAAAAGUGUUUGAAUUCUUGGUGGAAAACAAUACAAUAAUAAUACUAAAGUCAUUGCAUGUUAGUGUCUCUAAGGGGACGUCUUAGCCGCUCGGUCAAACACAGCAUCAGGACCACGUCACGCUCGUCUUUCAGUGGCUGAUGCAGCCCGAUGGUGACCAAUAAGAAGCACUGAAAUGACGACAGCGCCGUCACAUUAAAAGUUUAACCACGUUUUUUGUGGACGGCAAGCAUCAAAGAGGACACGUUUGUUGUUUUUGAAUAAUUAAAGACACAUUGGUGUUGCAAAAUCCUUUUGUUGUCUGAUUUUUUUUUUUCCCCCGCCUCGCCUAAGCCACCGCCAGACCCCCCAGCGGCGGCGAGGACGCAAAGCAAUCUGUCGCCUGUUGUGAGUGUGUCGCUGAGACGAGCUGAUGAAGAGCUAAAAAAGAAAUCCAAUUAAAUGAAGUCAAAUCAGCACAACUGGAGAACAACCUCCAAGUUUGCUGGCUUUUCAUCUUUGAAGGAAAAUCCUGUUAAGCCCUUUUCCAAUUUCUCUUUGGCAUCUGACAUCUGCUUAUUUUAUUUAUUUAUUUUACCUCUGCCAAGUACCAAACACGUGGCAGGAGUGUUUAAAUGUCAGCAUUGUAUAGCAAACUUUAAGUUUCUAUCGUCUAGCACAUAACCAACAGUUCCCAAAUAGCAGCUGUCUAGCUAACAGGCAGAAGUGUGGACUCGAGUCACGCAAACUGGACUCCAGUCAAAAUAUUAAUGACUUUGGACUCGACUUGACAAUAUCACCAAAGACUUACAACCUGAAUUGAACUUUGACAUCAGUGACUUUAGUUGAUGACUUGAAAAUACUUUCAGCAAAUGUGUUGCUGAGUAAAAUAGAAUAAAUUGCUACACUGUUAAAAUGGAGCACUAAAUAGUGCUUAUGACUUGUAAGAACUCGAAGAUUUCAAGCCUAUGACUUGGGACUUGACUCAACCUGUCUUGUCUUUACUUGAGAACUUGAGAUUAAAGACUUGAGACUGACUUGAGACUUGCAAAACACUGACUUGCUCCCACCUCUGCUGAUUACCAAGUGUUUAGGUAAGAAUGACAUCUGGCUAUCAUUUGACUGACGUCAAGCCAACAAACGUCUAGUUAACAACGAUAAUGUAGCAUUGAGCUAACAAUGACUUAACAUCUAAUAACUUGGUAACAACUAACUACAGAGUAACUAAAAAGUGAUGUCUAGCAGCCAGCAACUAGCCUCCAGCUAUAAAAUAGCAACAAUCUUAUCAACAACUUCUGUGUAUUUUAGCUAAUAACUCACAUAGAGCUAGCAAUUAACGCACAAUGAAUGUCUAGUGAGCAGUUAUCUAGCUAAGAACUCAUGUCUAGCUAGAAGCUAACAACUUACAUCUAGCUUACGACACAUUUCUACCUUACAAUUAUAUAACAUCACAUUGACAGUUAACUAACAACUAGCUAACAAUAAACUAACAGCCAAUGUCUGACAAACAACGACUACAAAUGAACACUACUGUCGCGCUCACAAAUAAUGUAUGGCUGACAAAUCGCAAAGAACUAGUUGACAAGCUAACAACGAUCAAACAACUAAUGUUUAAAAAUUAACUAGUUAACAGCUAGUUAAAAUUGAGCUAACAACUAAUGUCUUGUACAACUAAUAAUUAUGGCUACCAAUCUAGUACCAAUGACCUACAGUAUGUUACAUGUUUACAUGCCGUCAUGAUUUUCAAACAUAUUUGAUGACGUAAGAGCGUGUAGAGAUAUGUCCUACAGAUAAACUUUAGUCCUGGUGUCAGCAAGUCACAUAUAAAGAAGUCAUUCUAUGUAGGAGAUGCUGGCAAGUAGGACAAAGAUCACGUCUUGAGUCAUGAAGUUGACGUGCAAGUGUCUCUGUGUGCUGCAGAUAGCGCCAACAGCUGAUGAAUGGAAGGACUUACAGUCGGCCUCAGCUGAAGGACUUCCACACGUGGCCCUCUCCGACGGCAGCUGGGACUGCCUGCGCGCCGGCGACGCCUGCUCCGGCGAUGACACCUGCAGCCCGCGACUGCGCACCCUCAGGCAGUGCGUAGCAGGCGACGGCACCGUCAAGUUGGGACCCGGAGCGCGGAACCAGUGCGAGAACGCCAUGACGGCGCUGCUGUCCACCCCGCUGCACGGCUGCCAGUGCAAACGAGGCAUGAAGAAGGAGAAGAACUGCCUGAGCAUCUACUGGAGUCUGCAGCAGUCCGUCCUGCACGGUCUCAACCUGGUGGAAGACUUCCCGUACGAGCCUGAGGAGAGGGGAUCUGACUACGUUCGCCUGGCGUCCAUUGCUGCGGAGUCUGAAGUGACCACCGUCAACCGCUGCCUGGACGCCGCCAAAGCGUGUAACAUUGAUGAGACGUGUCAGAAGCUCCGCACCGAGUACGUGUCGUCCUGCAUCCAGCCCUCGGCCCGCUCCGGACCCUGCAACCGGCCAAAGUGCAACAAGGCGCUCAGGAAGUUCUUUGACCGCGUGCCGCCAGACUACACCCACGAGCUGCUCUUCUGCCCGUGCACCGACACGGCGUGUGCCGAGCGCCGCCGCCAGACCAUUGUCCCGACAUGCUCGUACGAGGACAAGGACAAGCCCAACUGUCUAGCCCAGCUGAGGGUCUGCAAGGCCGACUACGUGUGCAGGUCUCGCUGGGCCCAGUUCCAGUACGACUGCCAGCCCUGGGAGCAGAGCGCCAACGGCUGCAAGCAGGAGAACCACGGAGCGUGUCUGGUGGCAUACACCGGACUCAUUGGAAGCACAAUCACGCCCAACUACCUUGACAAUUCCACCUCCAACGUGGGCCCCUGGUGUUCCUGCAGCGCCAGCGGUCACCAGCGGGAGCAGUGUGGAGACUUCCUGGCGUUCUUCCACGACAACAUCUGCCUGAAGAACGCCAUCUUCGCCUUUGGCAACGGCUCGGAUGUGAAAACUGGUGGCGCUCAGCCCGGAAUUCCCAGCCCGGCCGUGCACUCUCACUGGGCCACCAGCGCCGCCCCGGGCGUUUCCAUGGAAACAGAGCAGAACAUCCUGAAAGCACAGAUACCUACUCAAGUCAAUGACAAUGACAGACUGUGGGGCGAUGAGGGAGACUCCACCCUCCCCUCCCCCAACCUCUCGGACCACUCGUGUGGACGCCUCUGCUCUUCCUCGCCUCUCCUGCUGGGACUCAGCUGGCUGAUGACGAUGAUGAUGGUGAGGCUCCUCUGUUGCCACUAGGGGGCGUUGCUCACGCCGGCCGUCGCCAAGGGCAAUGCCGCAGACCUGGGAGGGGAUAGGAUGCCAAGGUUCCCCUCCCUCUUGAGCAAACACUUUUUGUCUUUUUUGUGAAUCAUGACUCGGUCCAAUCGACGGCCGACCAGGAAGUGCGCCGCCCAUUUCCCGCUUCAAAAGUGUCAUGUGAUGCACAGAGUGGAUAUAAAUAACUUUAUUGAAAAUAUAAAGAGAACUUAAUUAUUUUGCUGUUGAACAUUCCUUGUCAGAAGAUCAUUUCGGUGAGUUCUCGUUGUGACCACAAGGGGGCAGGAGCGAGGCCGGGUCGACGCGUAGUUGUUGAAGUCGAACCGUUUUGAUGGACAAACGGCUGAGCGUUGUGUUCGUGUGGAUGCUUAAAUCCCUUUUUGUGUUCUUCAUGUGUUCACGUCUCCUCCUGCUCCUCACAAGCGUAACGGCAAAAGCACAAUUCUGCUUGCACAAACGUCAAGACAAAGUGUCGCCUGGAUCCUUUUCCAACUGCUGGGGUCUCUGAGAAGACAAAGCUCACACGUUAGUGUCACAACGACGGCACAAACAUGCUUCUUCUUGUUCCUUUUCCACUAAUCGUGUGUUUUUGUUCGGCAAACAUUCAAGCUUGGAGUUGAAAAGAAGAAACCGUUUCCAAUGUCGUGGUGAGGUUGUCACGACAACCAACUAAGCAACAUUUGGUGACUUCAGACUGAGGAUGAAAUUAAAUGAAUAUUUUUAAAAAAAGACAUCGUCAUCAUCUUCAGUGUUCUUCUACAAAGUGUAUUUAUUCUUGUGUUGUUUGACACUCACUCAAUAAAGCUCAAACGUACACCUACUCCACCGCGUUCUCUUUAUUAGCUACACCUGCACAAUCAUGAAACAUGCUAACUUUACCAACACAUUAGUAGCGUUACACUCUACUAAUACUCAUGUACCACAUGACACGCGGAUGUAUUCAUGGUGAGGUCCAGUCCAGUCCAGGGUGUGCCCCGCCUCUCGUCCAAAGACAGCAUGCUCAUAUUUACCCAUUUUGUGUAAUGACAGAAGAAAAUAAUGUGUAAGAGUCGAGUUACAAGUUUUUAGAUCUCUAUUACAGCAAUUUGAAUAAAGUCUAUAGACCAGGGGUCAUCAACCUUUUUGAGCCCAAGAUCCCUGCUCCCGGCCGUGAACCUGCACCAGAUCUACCCCCUCCCCAAAACAGUCUAUAUAUAUAUAUAUAUAUAUACUGUAUAU